CCGGAAAUCGCUGAAGGAUUCUCAGUUUGAUAGAAUAGAAAACCGGAAGUAGACAGGAAUCUCCGUCUCGCGGGCCCGUGUGGUUAAUGAAUGCGUUGUAGUAAUCCUUUGCAUUAGAAAAUGAAACAAGAUUCAGUAAGGAGUGCUAGCUACACAGUUGACUGUGCAGAUUAUAUCCAUGUGGUUGAAUUUAACCCCUUUGAAUCUGGAGAAGAAGGGUCAUUAAUUGCAUUUGGUGGCAACAAUUAUGUCAGUAUUGCUUCAUGCAGGUUCCAGGAGGAUGAUGCUUCAGUGAGUGGUAUAGAAUUUAAGACGCUGAAAACAUUUAACCAAGGCAUAAGAGCGGACGCUAUAGCCUGGAGUCCAGACACAAACUAUGAUUCUUUAACUCCUCUUUUAAGGUUUUGUACUGCAGCUAGUGAUAAAAAUCUACGAAUCUUCACAUCAGACCUUCAGGACAGAAAUGAAUUUAAGGUGUUUGAUGGACACACCAGUUACAUCAAUGAUAUGGUGUUUUGUUCUCAUGACGGCAAUACAUUUGCAAGUGUCAGUGAUGAUCACACAUGCAGAAUGUGGAAUAUAGGAAAAGGUCAGACUGCUAUGUUUAUGUUACGAUCCCCAGGAAUGAGUGUGGCAUGGCACCCAGAAGAAUCUUCGAAGUUGAUGGUAGCAGAAAAAACAGGAACUAUACGUUUCUAUGAUUUGCUUACACAUCAGGCCAUUUUGUCGCUCGAAUCUGUGCAAGUUCCUCUUAUGUCAGCUGACUGGUGUUUAAAAAACCCUUUCAGGGUAGGAGCAGUGGCAGGAAAUGACUGGAUCAUAUGGGAGAUGCCGCGUUCCAGCUAUCCUCAAAACAAUAAGCCUGUCCAUGCUGAUAGAGCAAGAUUAUUCAGGUGGUCAAGGUGUAGUGAAAAUCUAUUUGCAACCACAGGCUAUCCAGGAAAGAAAAACACUCAGAUUCUUAUUCAUCAUUUAAAACAUCCACAGCCUAUUCUUAUCGGCUCUGUACCUGUGGGAUCUGGACUCAGCUGGCACAGAUCACUUCCUCUCUGCGUUGUGGGUGGUAAUCACAAACUUUAUUUCUGGUUUACAGAAAUGUAAAUAUUUGUGUUGAGUUUUUAUAAAAUAAAGAUUAUUAUGGAAA